AUGUCCACAAUCCUGGGAGAUGUCCGUCCAAGCCAAGUAAAAAUCUACGCGUCUCCGGAGGCUGACGUCAGGGAAGACCAACCUCUUGACUAUCUGGUGAAGGUCAACGGCUAUGGGAUGAGCGAGCAUUACCCGCUCGUCGUGAGGAUAGCACCUACAGGCUUCCCGGGGGAUUCUACUGGUUUGGCGCGCGAACUGCGUCACAUGCUGAAGCGCGAGCAGUUGCUGGAGGGAGUCUACGAUUCGUUCCGGAAAACCCCCAUUACUCUCUUGGCAUCUCCAAGAGUUUCGGGGAAGACGACGUUACUAAGAUCAUUUGCUCGCCGAUACCCUGGUGUCAAUUGCAUCUACGUAUCGUUUCUUCACGAUUCGCCAGCGACCGAGCUGCUGUUGACGUGUGGGAUCGACUUCGUUCAGAGGGUAUCACGUCUCAGUGUUGAGGAAACCCAUGUUAUCAUGAUCGAUGAUGCCCAAGCUCAGUACGACGACAAAGCCUUCUGGGAUUUGUUUGCCUGCACCACCAUUUCGUGGUUGCCAGACAACGCCCGCUUUAUUAUCUCGGCAACUGCGAUGGUCUCGUCGGUGCACUGA